CAUUCUCUAUCUCCUUCUCUUGCACCACCUGUUAGUGCAGACCCCUGUGCUUUGGAAUUCACUUGUUUAUGAGGGACUCUUUCAUACUCACACAAUCAAAGCUCUAUGACGGUGCGUAAGGGAAAAAAGCUCACCAUCUCCAUCCAGGAACACAUGGCCAUAGACGUCUGUCCGGGCCCCAUACGACCAAUUAGACAGAUCUCUGCCUAUUUCCCCCGUCUCUCCCCAACCGCUGAGCCCGUCUCUCCGAACCCUGCUUCUCCACUGUCUCUCAGCCCAGGCCUCGGGGCCUCUGGAGGGGCAAGUGGAGGCCUGUUGUCUCCAUUGCAGGCUGGAGCGAGAGGAGGAGGUGGGACUCUGUCCGCAGCCAGCAGCAUCGAGACAUCGGUGGACAUCUGCAGUUCAGACAGUGAUGACAGCACUGCGCUGGGGACGCUAGAGUUCGAACUGAGGUAUGAGAAAGCCACCAGUUCACUCAACUGCACCAUCAUCAGAGCAAAGGGUUUGAAACCCAUGGAUUUUAAUGGCCUGGCUGACCCUUAUGUCAAACUUCAUCUUCUACCAGGAGCAUGCAAGGCCAAUAAACUGAAAACCAAAACAGUACGUAAUUCUCUAAAUCCUGUUUGGAAUGAGACGCUCACUUACGUUGGCAUCACAGAGGAGGAUAUGCACAGGAAGACUCUGAGAUUAUCGGUGUGCGAUGAAGAUAAACUGACUCAUAAUGAGUUUAUUGGAGAGUCCAGAGUGGCCCUACGACGUGUGAAACCGGACCAGACCAAACGUUUCUACACCUGUCUAGAACAUCCACCACCUCUUCCCUCUCCAACAGCAAUGGGAGCAGCGCUGCGAGGGAUCUCCUGUUACCUACGAGAGUGGGAGAAUGAACAAAUGACGAGUUUGGAAGAGAGGGGUCGUUUGCUGCUUUCGCUGCAGUUCCUUCCCCCACCUGCAGAGGGUGAAGGAGAGUCCCGGCGAGGGGGAUUAUGUGUCGGAGUGCUGCGCUGCGCUCAUCUGGCUGCCAUGGAUGUAAAUGGCUUCUCAGAUCCCUAUGUGAAAAUAUACCUGAAGCCAGAUGUGAAGAAGAAAUCCAAACACAAAACGUCAGUGAUUAAAAAGACCCUCAACCCAGAAUUCAACGAGGAGUUUUUCUAUGAGAUCUCUCUAUCUGAGCUGGUUCAUAAGACGCUGGAGGUCACAGUAUGGGACUAUGAUCUGGGAAGAUCUAACGAUUUCAUAGGUGGCGUGUGCCUGAGCUGUCACGUCCAGGGAGAUGCCCUUCGCCACUGGAUGGACUGCCUGAGGAACAAGGGUCAAAGGGUGGAGCGCUGGCACAUUCUGGCCAAUGAGCUGCCUCAGACCACCUGCCACGACUGAGGAGGAAGAAUCCCGCCAGGAAAUCAGUCAUGAUAGGUUAAUGGAUUUGAUUGGUAUGAGGUGGAUAAUUAUAUGAGCUAACUAGGGGCCAAGUAGUUGGGAGUAAAUUACACACUUUGCGCUGUUUAAAGGAGGGUGGAGGAAGAGACUCGGUGUCAGUCAAAGUGUGUUUUUCACCCACUCUCUCUCUCUUUCUCUCUCUUUCUUGCGCGCUGCACGUUUUCUACACAUUUUGUAACGUUGAAGUGAAUUUUACUCUGGUGUAGCACAAUUCUCUUUUUGGAAUAACUGAUUCCCAAUGUAUUUCAAUGUUCAGUGCUUUCGUAACGCUUACAGACUAAGACGCGUCUUAAUGAAACAUGGGGGUGCAUGUCAACUGCCUGCCAUAAACGCAUCGAAACGAUAUACAUGUAUGAUAUCGUCAUGACAACAUGGGAGGGUACUUAAAUGGAUAGUUCACGCAAAAAUGAAAUCGCUAACAUUUACUAAAGGAAGUUAUUUGGACGAAUGUUGGUUGAUGAUACAUCAAUGGCCAUUUUUUUCAUACUAUGAAGCAACCCAGGCUCAUUAUUAAUAUGUAUCCAGGUCUACAUUUCUGGGGACAGCAAAAUACGUCACUGAAGGUAGAUCUGCUUGCAUUUUUGGCUUUUGCAAAUCCACCAGAUGGCACUGUGUAUGCUUUUUGAUAGUCUCAAAUUUCUCUCACGCAUCCUCUUCUCGCAUGAAUCUACUAGAGGGCGCAAUAUACACUUCAGCCAACCAGGUCAGCUUUCUUUUGACUGACUUAUCGAUUGACUGACCGACUGACCCAACCACCCCUGUCCCUAAACCCAACCGAUUGUUUUCAAAAGCAAUCUAGAGAAAGAAAAGCAGUCACGGCCACAUGACUUAAUCACAUUUCAGCCUGUUGUUUCUUUAUUUAUUAUUUAGAUUUUGUCUUAUCUGGUUUAUGAAACUAAUCUUCACUGAACUCGAACCCUGUCAUCGCAGUCAACUAAGCCUCGCAUCCCAAGUCCAUCAGCAUAUACUGGGCGUAUGGGGUAGCACUAGAAAAGCCGUCCAUACAGAGGUCAGCUGCUAGUGCUAAAAUAAACAGAAGCUGUUGACAGCACCAUACCAUCCCAUAGCAUUCAUCUUGAAGACGAAUUGCUGCCAAACGUACCUCUGGCUAAUUCACGCUCUCCAGAAAUAUAGAGAUAGGUACAUAUCGACAAUGAGCCUGUGUUGUAUGGAAAUCAAUGGGUACCAUCAAUCAGCAUUCUCCAAAAUACUUUUUGUGUCCAACAGAAGAAAAAACUUAAAGGGCCUUAUCAGACACCUGCUGCAAUAUGUGUUUUUGGCUAUUUUCAGCCUGGCACAGGUAUUGACCUUUUACACAAAACUGUAUUGACACAAUUAACAGUCAUCAGCACAACCAAGGCUCAUUGUGGAUACAUACCCAGGUCUACAUUUUUGGGGUCAGCGAAAUACGUAACUGCAGGUACGUCUGCUUGCAUUUAUUUUUGCAAAUCUACCAGAUAGCACUGUGUGGGCUUUUUGAUGAUCUCAAAUUUCUCUCACGCAUCCUUUUUUCGAAUAAAUCCACUAGAGGGCACAUUAUACACAUCAGUAGACCAGGCCAGCCUGCUUACAACUAACUUGAGUGAUCUAAUGACUGACUGAUUGGCCCAUCCAUCCCUGUCCCUAAACCCAACCGAUAGUGUUUUCAAAAGCAAUCUAGUCAAAGAAAAGCAGUCACGGCCACAUGAUUUCACCACAUUUUCAGCCUGUUGUUUCUUUAUUUAUUAUUUAGCUUUUGUCAUACCUGGUUUAUGGAACCGUUCUUCGUCGAACUCGAACCCCGUCGUUGCAGUCAACUAAGCCUCCUAUCCCAAGUUCAUCAGCGUAUGCGGCGAGCUUCUGAGUACACUGGUAACACCAGAAAAGCCGUCCAUAUAGAGGUAAGUGGUCACCUGGUACCACUAAAAGAAACAGAAGUCAUUAGCAAUGUCAUAUCACCCCGUAGCGUUCAUUUUAAAGACGAAAUGCAGCCAUACAUACCUCUGGCUACAUGAUUCGUGCUCCAGAAAUGUGGGGGUAUGUAUCCACAAUGAGCUUGUGUUGUAUGGAAGUCAAUGGAGAGCAUCAACUAGCAUUCUUCAAAAAAAAUCUUCUUUUGUGUCCAAAACGCGAGGUGUCUAUGGACAGGACAGUGAAUUUGACGCUGGCUCUCAUCAUCACUCACAAUUUUUUUUUCCUUGUUUUGAAAGUUUUGAUAGCACUAUCUUUGAGUUUUUCUUUUCUUUUUUCAGCAAAUAGGAAUGUAAAUAAACAAUUUGCUAUACUCUCCCAUUCACUGUGCUCUAAGUUUUCCCAAUUAUGACAACUUCCAACAAAAAUGUGAAAGGGUCCAUUAUUUUCAUGACCUGCGCCGUGUUUUAAAAAGCAAAUACAUGUGCACUAAUAUGUGCAACCAUGAGCAUGCUUGUCUGAAAAGGAGGUGUGUUAAGGCGCAUUGUUUGGUUCUUUGCUCUUUUAAGGCCAGGCAUGGACUGGAAAAGUAUAUUUGCCCAGGAUUGGUAAGUGAAGGUGGGGGAAGGUGGUUGGGUGAGAAUAGGGUCAAGCCAGAUUCACAGUGACAGGCCAGAUUGGCCAUCAGGCCAAUGGGAAAUGUCCUAUGGCCAGUCCGCCCCUGUUUGAGGCAACAGAAAUAGACCACACCAUUGACCAACUCAAAGCUGGUCUAUGGUCAAUGGUGUUUUUUUUUUUUACUAUUAUUUUAUUAUUAUUAUUAUUAUUAUUAUUAUUAUUAUUAUUAUUAUUAUUAUUAUUUAAAGAGGGCUUUAAAGAUAGGCACAUUCUACACACAAGUAUGAACCGAAUAACAGAAAUAUCUUUAAAUAUGUAAAAAUGAAAGGAUUAAAAUGUAAAAGAUUAUCAUUGUCUACAGUAUAUAAUAAAUAUAAAAGAAGCUACCUCCACCAUUUUUUCCUUCCUUAAAUUUGCAAAAGUAGAUUCAGACAUGCCCUAAGUGCACUUUAUUUGUGCGUUACGCAUUUAGAUUGUUAAAAUACAGCCCAUAGAGGCUUAAAACCAAACGAGGGCGAGUAAUUUUUGGGUGAACUAUCUCUUUAAGGCCUGGUCCUGUCAGCAUUGUCAGUCAGGAGCAGGUUUGUGUGUACUACUAACAAAUAGCCUCUCCAUUUUGUAGCAUGAUGCAAUGUUUACAUUUUUUUUUUUUACUUUGCACCAACUGUGUUUUCCAAGGUCUGAGAUAUGGCGGUUUAUUCGAUUUCCAGUUGUUCCUAUUCUUUAACACAGGGUUUUAUGGACAUGCUACGAUUUGAUAUUGCAUACGUUAAUUACUCGAUAUAUAUUUUUGGAAUCAAUUGUUUGUAUGUGCCAUAUACUAGGACUAUCCGGAGUGCGUCUGCAUGCGUUCGCGUGUGUGUCGUCUGGUUGUUUUGUACCAAAAAAAAAGUGCUGUAUACUCUUGAGGGUUUGUGGUUUACAUUUAUAUGAAGUGCUUAUGUACAAAUUGAAAAUACAUUUGAAAUGCAUUGCUAUUUAA